AUGCUCCUACUCCUGGCCGCAGCUGGCCUUGUUCUAGCCUGCAUUACCCUCGUUCUCUAUAAGCUCUCUCUAAGGCCACGUCCAGCGUUCGCGCAAGAACGCAGCUGCACGACAAAUAACCAUGGUCGACGCGUCGAAUGCGCGCUGCCUACACUGAGUGACGCGCCUACUGUCCAUCUCAGCGUCGUCAUUCCUGCUUACAAUGAAUCAAAAAGGCUUCCUGCCAUGCUUCAAGAAGCAGCAGAGUAUCUGGAAGCACAAGACGAGGACUACGAGUUGCUGAUUGUCGAUGAUGGCAGCUCUGACAAUACAGCGGAGACGGCAUUGGCCUGGGCCGCAGACAACAAAUUGAAGCAUGGCACGCUCAAGGUGUGCAGGCUAUUACAGAACCGGGGUAAGGGCGGUGCUGUUGCCCAUGGCAUGAAGCAUAUCGCUGGUCGAUAUGGCAUCUUUGCUGAUGCAGAUGGCGCGUCCAAGUUCAGCGAUGUCGCGCUGCUCUUCUCUCACUUGAAGGAGGAGAAUGGGCUUGGUAUGGCGAGUGGCAGUCGUGCGCAUAUGGUCUCGACGGACGCUGUGGUGAAACGCUCACCACUCCGUAACCUGCUCAUGCACGGCUUCCAUACAUUCAUCCGACUACUGGGUGUACCGCACAUCAAGGACACGCAAUGCGGCUUCAAGCUCUUCACGAGGCGUACCUGUGCACUGCUCUUUCCAAACAUGCAUAUUGAACGUUAUGCAUUUGACGUCGAGCUCUUUGUGCUGGCUGGCUACCUACGUGUGCCUGUCGAGGAAGUGGCCAUCACCUGGCACGAAGUUGAUGGCAGCAAGAUGCACCUUGUCCAAGACUCCCUCAGCAUGGCAAUGGAUCUUGUUCUAAUGCGUCUUGGGUAUACCCUCGGCCUUUGGCGCCACUCGUAAAUCUGACCUUCCCUAGCAUAGAAGCAUAGACGUGCAUCAAUAUCGUUUAAUGAUGUUGCGCUUGUAUGCGUGACCCUCGCCCUCAAACACCUUGAGUCGCUCCAGCCUAACAUCUCUGAGCCUGUUUUUCGGCAGCAUGGCGCUCACCGCCCGCCUGAGCACUUCACCACCUCCCUUCUUCUCCAUCAC